AGUAUCAUCUGACCUUACAAGGUUUGACAUGGCAUGGCUAAUAAGUACAAAGAAUGCCACAACUGGAUUUGAGAAGGCAGCUUUUAUUUUUGUCCCAUGAACUUCGGGCAGAUUAAAAAAAAUAUAUAUAAAAGCUAAGCUAUUAGAUUGUGAUUUGCAAAGCACAGCUGUCCGGUGCAAGCUGAUAAACAGUCUCUACAUGGUCUGCUGAACAGGGAAAGAGAAAGAGGAAGCCAGGGAGAGGGAACAGGAGUCAGAGAGAGAGCAGCCUUGUGGUUCAAUUCACAACUGAAACCCUGGCACAGGCAGAGGCUUAUUUGAACACCAAAGUUAACAACUCAGAUGGGGUCACUUUUGUCAUCUGCUGCACAACUCCAAUAUUUCUGGUGGGUGACACUGGAGCCUCAUGCUCACCUAUGAAGCUGUUUUGGAAGACACUAUUUUGCUGUCUGAUGCAGUACUGCAUUUUUCAUGUGGAACGAUAAUAAAGAGAAUCAGAUUAAGAAAGCCUUACAAAGGGGGUUUUCCAACAGCCAGCAAUGACAGAGCGUAUCGCCUUCACCCUCAUGGGCCUUCUUUUGAUACACCGGGUCAGUGGAUGCCCCAGAGAGUGUGCGUGCAAUCCUAAAGCCAAGACGGUCGACUGCCGAGAUAAAGGACUUUACGACAUUCCACGGAAUCUGCAGGUUGACACCCGGGAACUGUAUUUGCAGAACAACCGGAUUCGUGGCCUUAGUUCCAUGGCUUUCAGAGAGACACCCUUGCUGAAGAUUCUCGACCUGGCCAACAAUUCCAUCUCCAGUAUGUCUGCGAGCACUUUUCAGGGGCUGCAUGGACUGUUAGUUCUCAACCUUGCAAACAACUCCAUCAGAGAAAUUGACAAGAGACUGUUCAGCCCAAUAAAAACCCUGUCUGAACUGAAUUUAUCAUAUAAUCACAUCAGCAGUUUGCCGGGGACCCUGGCCGACAGCGUCAACAACCUCACCUGGCUAUCGGUCCGCCACAACCGACUGCAGAGACUCGACAGGACACUCCUGGUGUCCCUCACAAAACUGCAGGUCUUGUUUUUUCACAACAACCCCUGGAAAUGUGACUGUCAAGUCAUCGGGCUCAAGCUGUGGCUGGAGACCUUUAUCUUCAAAGGGGGAACAACCGAUGACAUCAAGUGCGCGCAGCCUGAGAACCUGAGAGAGAAAGACCUGAGGAAAAUUCCCUAUGAAAUGUUCCAGACGUGCCCUUGGACAAACUACAACUACCUGUUUGCCAAUAUCCACCACCUGGAGUCCGACCACCAGAUCCCCCGACUGCAUUCCCCAAGCGACCGAGGGAGCGAGAGUCUUCCGGAGUGCGAGCCGAAACAGAAGCCCCGCCCUGUCAACCUCCGUCACGCGAUCGCGACUGUCGUCAUUACCGGGGUCGUGUGUGGGAUCGUCUGCCUCAUGAUGCUGGCGGCAGCCAUUUACGGAUGUGCUUAUGCUGCAAUUAUGGCCAAGUACCAGAGGGAUCUCAAGAAAGUGGAACAAGUGGCUGAGGCACGAGAACCGGGACGCCCUGAAGAAAAGGAGCCUUUAGACGGCUCUCUUGCAUAAGAGAGAUCUUGAUUUGCUUUUGUGUUUUUGCAAUACAUGACCCCAUUAAUAUUGUGUCACAGAUGUACUGUAUAGUGGGCUCCACAUGCUGGAACUCAUAGCCGACUAUACCACCUGGCAAUUUUAAGGCACAAGGACCUUUCUCAACCCAACGGGUUCCUUGUGUCCCUCAGACCCACCAGUUCACCCACAGACUAGCAGAAGACAUUGGAGAGAUCCUGAUUUGCUUUUGUGUGCUUUUGUUUUUGGAAUACUUAAAUAAGUAGCUCCAUUAAUAUUGCGCUCAAAUAUACCAACAUGUUAUACUCAAGAGCGAAUGGGAGACAAAGUGGGAAAUAUUUGAAUAUGCAUAACAGGACAUUUAAAACCUUCUUUCAAAAAUAUUAGCUUUACAUUAGAUGCGGCUAAAACCAUCUAGUCUGUGUUACUCUACUUGAUGAAUCUGGACACAUAUGCUUCAGUAUGCCCAUAAAGAUCAUCAUUAUAGCCUUUUGAGUUUCUUGACUUUUAAAUGAGUGGCGUUAAAGAAUAUAUAAUAAAAAAAUUAAAUAGUUUUGGAAUCUAAAAUGUAGGAGCCAAAAAAAAACUUGGAUGCACUCUGGUUCAAAAGCAAUACAGUAUGUUGCUGUUCUAAAUAAAGACUGGAGAUUAUAGUGAGUGAGUUUGUAGUAAUAACUAAUUUAUCUGUGAUUUAAUUCAAAGCUUCAUUCAAGAAGGCAAAGGUCAGAUUCUCAAUGGACUGUAGUUGCCUUAAAUAAGCCGAAUUAUAAAUACCCUUUUUCUCUUAAAAAAUGGAACAUUGAGAUUUUUUUCCAAACACCCAUGAAAACGCAUGAAUACCUAAUGUACAGCUUCAACGAUAAUUGCUUUUCUUAAUGUGUGAUUUCUGGAAAAUCAGAGCUAAACAGGGAUAAAACCGGUUUCAGGUAUAGGAGGAUAAUAUUAUACACCACAGUACUUUAAAUUGUUUAAUGUAGCAUACAAAUUGCUAACCUGAAUUACAUUAGGGCAUAAAAGAAAUAAUGUUCCUAUUUCUAAUUUCAUAUUUUUCCUUCACAUACUAUAUACGUCUUACAUUCUCACAGCUAAAAAUUUAAAAUUAAGUUAAUAUUUAAUUGAGAAGAAUGCCUGAUAAUUUUGCUGCCAUGUGUAAAUAGCGCAAUUUCAGUAAAUACUGACACAAAAGACAGACAAAAAUAUAAUAACUCUGUAUGACAGAUGCAAACCUAAUAAAUAGGACAAAUGACAGGUAAAAGAGACCAUUAAACCAUCUCAAUUUAUUUAAUUAAAAUGCCCUGAAAAUAAAUUUCAGUCAAACUUUCAACAUACUGUAUACGUUCAUAAGGAUUGAAUAUCCAAAAUUUGGUCUUGAAUGAUACUACAGUGCAUAAAACAUAGUGACACAAUUUUAUGUGGUAUGAUGUCGCAAAUGUUAAAAAAGAAUUAAGAUUAAACAGCAAUGCAAUACAACUAUCCUCAGGCAAUAAUUUGUCUAUCCUAGCUCAUGCAAAAUUACCUUUGAUAAAUUUCCUAAAAUACAAAAAUUGUAAAGCAAUAAAUAACAAUCAAUGAAAAACUUCCUGUUCAUUACUGUAGGCAGCAGAAUUUGUUGUUUGUCACUGUUGUAUACAUAUUUAUACUGUACUGUAAGUAGCUGUAACCCCUCAGAAACAAUUAAUCUUUCCCCCUCUAACAUUCAUGGUACAGUACCUUUUGUAACUUACAGUUACUGUUAGAUGUGUGAGUUAUUCAAGUUUCAGAGAUACUGUUCAUUUUUACUAAUGUUUGAAAGAUAUUAUCAUAUCUAAAUAUGUUGUUUGUGUAUAAUGAGUGCAAUAGAUUGAAUACUAAACAAAUAAAGAUAUAUUUUCACUUGUGUAGAACACAGAAAAUGAUCUUGAUUUCUAUGGUAAACACAUGAAAAUGAAACUGAACUACAGUAUAUCUCAAUGCAGUCAUUUUCUUCACACGUCAGUGUGAGUACAGUAUGUGUAACAUUUCAGUUAUUUGUAUUCUUUUAUGAAGUUAAUGUAACACCCAAAAAACAAAAAAUGUUGUAGUAUGGAAACAAACCAUAACAGACCACAACUAAUCUUUACUCUAACUCUACUUACUGUACAGUAGUUAUAAUAAAUGUCAUCCAAUGUGAUACACGGUAAGGAUAACCAGAACAUUAUUUUAGUUGAACAUUAUGUAAUAGUUAUUCUAUACUAGAAGCAACUACACCAUUUUAUUGCAGUUUAUAAAAAAUAUCUUUGCAAUUAAUCUAAAAAUCUUGGAUUUGCAGGCCAAGAUCACUGUCUCUAUUCAGAGCUUAGACUUCUAGAGUAAACAUCAAAUAAAACCUACACAGAUGUGUUCUUACUUUAUAUUUUUCUAAUUAAUAUGGUACUUAAUUUUAAGACAGCACAAAACCUCAUGGUUCACAGCAAAUAUUUGUUCAAAUCAAAGGUUUUCUUCCAUGUUUUGUUCAAUCCCAGCUUCUUUGAAACAAAUCUUUUUCAGUAUUUCUUAUAUUACUCAGAGAUUUAUGCAUGUUUCUCUUCUGCCAGCACAACAAUCCUGCCUUCUGGCUGCUUCCUCCUAGUAUUUUUCAUGUCAAUGAAUUCAGCCAUUACAGAUUAAUUUGCUCGCUCUGCAUGUCUCUCUGCCUCAAUCUACAUCUCACUUUAAAUUCCCGUGCAUAUUUAUAUAGACUUCAUAGGAUCUUGAAUGCUAAUGUUUAGUGAAAAAAGCCAACAAAUAUUUCAUAUCAAAGAUUAAUAAAUAUAUAAACAUAGUAAAAGAACUGUGUGGGGAUUGAACUAACAAUACGCAAUUUAAAUUGUUGUAAUUACAAAAUAUGUUUUACUGAAUAUUUUGUGAAUUAUGAAUCAAUCUAAGAGGAAUUAACUGUUUUCCCCUAUAAUGUUUGUGUUGCUUAAAAUAAUUGUAUUCAUC